AUGACACUGGCGAGGACAACCCCUUUGCCCCAAACGGAGGGCUCAGUGAAGAGCAGGCUGGCAUCUCCUAGAACUUUUUCAGGUCACAGAGCAUUCAGAAAUGAAAGACAACCAACCAAGUUUGACAAAAAGGUCCUGCUGUGGUUGGGACGGUUUAAAAAAGAAGAAGACAUCCCAUACCUCUUGUCAGUUGAAGUCCUCAAGGCUGCUCAGAGCCAGCUGAGGAUCCGAAUCUGCUACAUCAUGAUUGGAUUGACUCUGCUAGGAUGCAUGGCAAUGAUCAUCUCUGGUAAAAUGGCUGUCAAAAGAGAAGACACACUGCUGAAGAUGAACGCAGAGAAGAAAGCUAAGUGGAGAGCAGAAGGACAGGUGGAAAAGGAAGCAAUGGCUGGAAAAUCUGAGCAACCAUGAAAGGGAUAAUCCCAAAUGACGACCAGUGGUGCAUACA